AUGAAUAACGAACAGGAUGAAAGUAUCAAAGAUCUCAAUGCCGCACUUCAAAAGUGUCUACAGGCAUUUCCAGGCAAUAGUGGUCACCAAUUAAUCCAAGAUACCGUUAAAAGAGUCCAAAACUUACAAAAUGAAGCUAUCAACGCAUCUGAAUCACAAUUUCCAAUACCAGCAUGCAUUCAAACGGACGAGGAAUCAAAACGUUUCGAUCAAUUACGUAACUUCAUCGAUCACUUGGUUUUGUCAGUAACUGCUCAAGCUCUCCCACCUCCCACUGCAACAAAUGCAAUAAAUCUACCAAAUCCACCCGAGCAAAACAAACGGAAGUCUCUGGAUGAUCCGGAACAUGAUGCCAGACUUUCGAGGAGAAAGUUAUCAAAGGCAGAGCAAGAAGCCGCGAGAGGAUUGCAAGAGUUGUCAGCUGGUGUUUAA